AUGGCUCAUGGGUUUAUUGCAUCUCAAAAAGGAAUCGAUAUGGAAGUUGAAGGGCGAGAGAUUUUCAGGGAGUUAAUAAGGCGAUCUCUUUUACAAAGAAAGAUUGUCACGGAGUCGAGAAGCCGACCUCUUUUACCAAUAAGUUCUUAUACUUAUUCAAGUGAAAAGGGAAGAGUGUGUACGAUGCAUGAUCUCAUCCAUGAUCUGGCACACUUUGUUAUGGAGAAUGAAUGCUUCAUGUCGUUGUACAGCAGUGCAGCCCCCGAAAUCUCAACAAGGCCAUGUCAUUUGAAUUUAUUGAUUGAUAAAAAUUAUAAUCAGGUUGAUUGCUCCACCAUCCAUACCGGGCUACAUUGUCGUCGUGACUCAAGUGUGUUGUCAAGGCUGAAGUUUGUCAGAGUGCUCGACUUGAGUAGUACACGCAUUAAAGAGUUGCCUGCAUCAAUAGAGCAUUUGCACCAUCUAAGAUACCUAGAUAUUUCUGAUAAUCCUAUUAGGAAACUACCGGAAUCCAUUUGUAUGUUGGUUAAUCUACAGACAUUGAAACUCUAUAGUUGUCGUAAACUUUCCGAGCUUCCCAAGAGCAUAACAUACAUGAACAGUCUUAGACACUUUCUUUUUGACCGUCUAAAUUUGAAGGCAUUACCUACUGGUUUGAGUCAAUUACAAAACUUGAAAACACUAACAGGAUAUACUGUGGGAGAUGAUGCAGAGAACAGCAUAGGACAAUUAAAGUCCUUGAAUCCCUUUGGUGAAUUUGCUUUGUAUAACAUCCAGAAGAUGAAGAAUGCUGAUGAUGCUAGAAAAGCUGAUAUGGGUAACAAAAAACUUAUUCAGACAUUAAAAUUAAAUUGGAUAGCAUCUAGUCCGGGAAAUGAUUAUGAAUAUUGUUUGAUGGAAAAUGCGGAGGAGGUGUUGGAAGCCUUGAAACCUCCCAGUGGAGUAAAAGAACUUACAGUUAGUUAUUAUCCAGGCAAACAAUUGCCAAUGUGGAUGGGAGAAAUGCAACAAUUUCAAUAUCUAUAUUGCAUCGAACUAUCUGAAUGCAGAGAAUGUGAGCAACUCCCUCCACUUGAGACAUUACCCAAUCUUGCGGAUCUGAGGAUCAGUGGCAUGGAUGGCAUCAAACACAUUCUUAACAACAGCAGAGGCAAUGCGCUACAAUCAUUCCCUGCAUUGAGGGGGUUGAAUUUAUAUAGCAUGAUGAACCUAGAGGGGUGGUGUGUCGAGGAGGGUAGAGAAGCAAAUCUGUCCUUGUUUCCAUGCCUCAUUCAGAUGAAUAUUAGAAGAUGUCCCAAGUUGACAACCAUGCCACCCAUUCCAACUCUCCAGGAGUUAUCUAUGGAGCAAUCAUUCUGUAAGACACAAAUCUCUCUCGUGUCCAAGGAAAGAAGGUUCUUCAAGCAUUUGAAAUCUCUUCGGAGAUUAAAGAUAAAUCCUUGUACUGAGGAGUUGGUUUUGUUAUUAGCAGAUGAAAAGAAUUUUCAAGUGUCGAGGCAUGGAGUCUUUGGGGCCAGAAAUGCGACACCUUACUUCACUAUCCAGAUUAGAAUUGUUUCAUUGUCCUAA